UUUUUUUAUCAUCCAUCCUUCCAAGGAACUUCCUGUGAUCCAUUUCUUCAGCACUCUUCCGCCCACCCCAUUGACUUCUCUUUGUCCGCUUCAGAUUCCUCGGUUGCAGAAGAAAUUCAAAGGGCUGCCAAUGAACGAUUUGUUCUCUUCUCGCUCUUUCUCCCGCGACAGCCAUGUCGUUGAGAUGGGCAACGCCUCCUCUUCUCCCACUGCUGUUAAUCUCGACAAGUUCUUUGAAGAUGUUGAGUCCGUUAAAGAUGAGCUCAAGGAGCUUGAUCGACUCUGCAGCAAACUCCAUGACUCCCAUGAACAGAGCAAGACGCUUCACAAUGCUAAGGCUGUCAAAGACCUCCGAUCUCGCAUGGAUUCCGAUGUUUCUCUUGCUCUCAAGAAGGCCAAACUCAUUAAGGUCCGAUUGGAGGCUCUUGAUCGCUCCAAUGCCGCCAAUCGGAGCCUCCCGGGUUGCGGCCCUGGUUCCUCUUCUGAUCGAACUCGGACUUCUGUAGUCAACGGCUUGAGGAAGAAAUUGCAGGAUUCCAUGGAGAGCUUCAACAAUCUCAGGCAACAGAUCUCCUCCGAGUACAGGGAGACCGUUCAGCGAAGAUAUUUCACUGUUACUGGUGAAAAUCCGGACGAGAAGACCAUUGACAUAUUGAUAUCUACAGGUGAAAGUGAGACAUUUUUGCAGAAAGCCAUUCAAGAACAAGGCAGAGGCAGAAUCUUAGACACCAUUAGCGAGAUCCAGGAGAGGCAUGAUGCUGUAAAAGACCUGGAAAGGAACCUCAAGGAGCUGCACCAGGUUUUCAUGGACAUGGCAGUCUUGGUGCACGAACAAGGCGAGAAACUCGACGACAUCGAGAGCCAAGUGAACCGUGCUCAUUCUUUUGUCCGAGGUGGUACACAGGAGUUGACUACAGCCAGAGUGUACCAGAAAAACACCCGAAAAUGGACAAUUAUUGGCAUCAUCAUUUUGCUCAUCAUUGUCUUGAUUAUUGUCCUCAGCCUUCGCCCUUGGAAGAACAAUAACAGUAGCUCAUCCACAACACCCUAAAACGCCUGGUUGCAGGCCUCGUAGUCUCCUGCCAAAAAACUCUCGAUCGAGCCCUCACGCCAUUCCACAGACAUCAGGAUCCUUUCAUCUAUGUUUUUACCUCAUUUUAUUUAUAUUUUUUCAUUAGUAUCAUGAUUUCUUUAGUUCUAUAAAAGUUUAGACAUGGAGAGAUCAGAGAUGGAGUGGCUUGUUUGAUGAAAACCUUGAGGGCCUUGAUGUGUCAUUGAAUAGCCAGGAAUGGUUCCUGUUGACAUUAUUGUAUACUCCCUUUGGAUUUUUGGAUUCUUUUGUGUAAUAGAUUUGAUAUAUUUGGGAGUGAUUUAGUUUUCA